AUCUAUUUCCCCCUAUUUUUGGAAGAUCCCAAGUCUUAUUUUGUAAACAAACCAUUGAUCGAGAUCCGUGAUGGAGUUUAUAGCUACUGUGUUGGUGUUGAUGUCAAGUGCCUUUUUAUUUGUAUACUUCCAAGCAGAACCAUGGAUGUUGGUUCAAAUUUUGGUCAAGGCAUUGCUUCUGUUGGCCUGUCUGACUUUUGUGAUACAGUUUGUAGGAAAACGACUGUGGAGUAUGUUCUCACACUACAGGUCCCAGACUUCCAAACAUGAACAGAAUGAUAAUGAACAUAAAAAAGAACAAGAGUUCUGCAGAGAAAAAAUACAAAAAGACUAUCAAAUUAAGACUGAGGCAUAUAAAGAAAAGAUACUGGUACCCAGAGAGGAGGCAAAGAAAAGACAAAAGGAAGAAGAACAUUAUAGAUUUUUGGGACCAGCUUGGAAAGGAAAAGGUGAAGCUUUGGGAGGAGAUGUACAAGAUUCUGAUGAACAUACAAAUGAAGUUAGGUUUCGCAGACUUGAAGAAAAUAUAAAUGAAGAAUACUUGGAGCAAGUCAGACAAGAACAAGAAAGAGAAGCUAGAAGGAAACAAAGAAAGAAAAUAAGCCUGCCUGAAGAGCCUGUGGAGAAUGAUCCAGAGAGUGUACAGAUUAUUUUAAGAUCUCCAUUAGGACAAAAUCAUACUCGUAGAUUUUUAUUUUCAAAUACACUUCAGGUCAUUCUGGACUACAUUACAACACUAGGGUUCAACCAGAGACGAUAUACAUUAUGUACAACUUAUCCUCGACAAGCACUUUCUGAUCAAAGGGAGCUAACUCUAAGUGAAUUGAAGUUUACCAAGCGCACAACAUUAAAUAUUGAAGAAAUACUAUAAUGAUUUUGAAUGUAUAAAUAUUUUGAAUUGUUAUACAAUUGUUUUGGUAUAGAUUUAUGAUUGGGCAUUCAAAAGAAGAUUUAAAAACCUUAAAGUUAAGGCUAUUUUAAUCAUUCAAACACAUUUUUAAAACAUCAUGAAGGCUGCAGGUUCUAAAUAUUAAUAUUGGUGAAAGAAAACUGGUAUUUUACUGAGGUCUUAAAGUUUUCUAGUAAAAAAUACAAUAACUAAUGGUAAAACCAGUCAGAUUCAGUUUUGACACAGUCACAGCAAUAACUAAUGUUUCUAAUUUAUAUAAACAGUCUUGGAAAAUAGGACAGAAAUAAUUUUUUGGUUAACAUUAAUAAGAAAAUAUUGCAAUAUAUGAACUGUGUUAGAUAGAAAUCAACCUUAUGCAAGUGCACGUAUACAUGUAUAUGUAUAAGACUUUGAUUGAUUUUGGAAUAUUCAAAUAUGAAAUAAAAGAUGAAUUUUGGUCUGUUUUGUAGGGUUCUUAUAUCACCUUAAUUUUCAAACAGUUAUAGACUUUGCUAGAGUUUUUUCAACCUGAAAUAAGUUAACAGAUGUAUUGGUAUUCAUUUGCAUAAGGUUGAUUUUUAUCCGACGCAGCUUAUAUGUUAUGAAUAUUUCUGAUUUGUUUACGUUGUCAUGAUUGGUGGAAUUCAUGCAGUCAAAUUAAAAAUGUCAAUUGAACUUUUAGGCAUUGUUUUUUUUUAUAUUCUAUUUUUACAUAUCAUAUUUAUGUAUUUAAGAAGAAACAAAUAUCUACAGAAAAAGAAAGAAAGAAAUGGAUAAGAGGUUUUUUAGAUGAUUUAAUACCAAAAGUGGAAAAGAGGAAUAAAAAAAUGAACAUGCAUUUAAGGUAGAAAUGAGGAGAGAUAAUAACAUUUCAUCUCAUAUUUGUAGACUUUUUAUAGGCAGAAUUAUUAUUUGACCAAGAUCAGAAAAGAUGACACCCAAAGGUUGACUGGGGAAUAAAGAAUGAUCACUUUGGUCUUCUUCCGACUGGCAGAUUAAACCUUGCCAAAGUGGUGAGUCUGUUUGGCUGUGUGGGAUGUAUAAUUAUGUAGCCACAUCCCAUCAGAAUGGGGAUAUUAAAUCUGAUGCCUUGUAUAGAAAGAGUCCCUUGCAACAACUCUUUGAAGGGUCUGUAGGUGGUAUGUUACAAAGCAAAAUUUCUGUCCCUAUCCAGUAUACCCUCAUUUUCCAGUGGCACUCCCAAUUUUCCCCGACAGCCUAUAUUGCAGGACCUACCAAAUGUAUUUAUUGUUGAUUUGUUCUUGUCCUGAACAUGCAUGAAAUAUAUGCUAUCGGACGUUAAGCAAACAUCAAUCAAUCAGAAAAGAUGAAAGGAAGUUCUCUUUAAAAAUUGAAGCGUUUUUAAAUGAUUUUUAGGGAUAGGUAUUAUCAUGCCCUGGUGGCUCAGCUGUUUAUGAGGGAUAGGUAUUAU